AAAUACCAAAAAUACUGCCAAUCAAAAGUCCUCAAGUCCAAAACGCAGACGAUGAAAAUGGUGAAACAAGUAUAUUAGUCACUGUAGAAAGCAAUAAUUUUGGGAGGAACACGUGUGAAAUAAUCGGUAAUCAAAAUUCCCCAGAAUCCUACUAUCGAAUUGUCUAGAAGAGGAAAGAAUCAUCUCCUUACAGAUUCUUCAGUGUGUAAUAUCCAACCAUUGUCAGGGAAAGGGAAGCAUCAUCUCCUUCCAGAACACAGUAACAAGAUGAAUGGAGGCUACCUUUACAUGUAUACAGUUUCUACCAGAUACAAGAAAUCAGUGUGGUGAUGAUCAGACUUAUGGUGAACAGUUGUACCCUGCUAGAGAGAUCCUGAUUAAAAAAAAGUACUCAGUGUAAAGAGAGAUCUCCCUGACUGAGGAAAUCCACACAGGAUUCUGUUAUAAAACACCAGGAUAAAGAAAUAGAGGUCUGCUGUCAAUAAUGUAUAGAUUUGUGUACCAGAAAUCUGUCACCGUGUCUGGUGUUAGUCGGUGUCGUCAUAUUUCACGUGUUACAUCAGACCGGGUCUGGAUCAGUGAUAGUGGCAAUCUUAUACUGACUAACACUAAAGGAGAAGAACUAGAUCGCGUGACAGAUAUAGAAAGUAAUUAUGGAGUACACACUGUGAAUUCUUACGGUGAUCUAAUCUACAUAGACAGGGAAUUAAACAUUGUUAAACUGUCUACAGAGAACAAAGAAAAGACUACGAUAAUAAAAUACAACACAUCACCAUGGGAACCACGGAGGGUCUACAGCUCCCCCUCCACUGGAGACCUGCUGGUCGCGAUGUCUAGAUAUGAUACAAUGAGACAAGGCAAGGUAGUGCGGUAUAACUCCACAGGAGAAAACAUCCAGACCAUACAACACAACAAUAACACAGGUCAGGGACUGUAUAGUAGAUCUCUCUACAUAACAGAGAACCGCAAUGGAGAUGUUAUUGUGUCUGACUUGUACCGUGCUGUAGUGGUGACAGAUCGUGACGGUAAUUACCGCUUCUCCUACACAGGUCACCCAUCAGGAUCACGACUAAUACCUCGUGGAAUCUGUACUGACGCGCUGUCACACAUCCUGGUGUGUGAUUACAACACCCACUCAGUACAGAUGUUAGAUAGUGAGGGUCGCUAUCUAACAGAGAUAAAGACAUCACAACACGGGGUAGACACACCAUACAGCCUGAGUUAUGAUGAGGACACUCACCUACUGUGGGUAGGAUCACGGGACAACAACAGAGUCAACCUAUACAGAGUGGUAGAUACAGACUCUCUGACUGGUCUCCCUGUGGAGGAUUUCAAAUGCAGGACACAUCCAAGCCGUCCAUUAUCCCAGUUCUGUAUCCCGUGUGACGUCACCUUGUGUCAGGAGUGCAUCAAAACCUCUAAUGAUCAUAAAAAACAUGACGUUAGAGAUGUUGAGAAAUUAUUCAGAGAAAUUCACAAGAGAAAAGAUGGAGAUGCAGUUUUGAUGUACCUUCUGCUCUGCCCUUCAUACAAAUUAAAUAUUGAAGAACAACACUGGAUAGAAAAGUAUAAUGCUGUUGCUGAAGUAUUCAAGUUCAAGAAGAUUAAAAAGCCGUCCAAUCUUAGCAACUUAAAGAAGUACAAACCAAUACUCAAACAGGAUAGUGUGAAUGUUGAGUUUUCUUGUGAUUUCUUUAAGCACACCAGUUUUCUUAGAUUCGCUAAAAAUCCUAAUUUUGUGGAUAUAUUUCUGACCUCGGCAGAAAAAGACAACAUUGCUGAGUACUGCAGGUCAUGGGCCUAUCCAAAGAAAGAGGGGGAAGUCUUUUGCUGGUUAUCACCACAACAAACAGAACAAUUGAUAGAAAAACUUGGAGAGGAUAUUUUCAUCCAUCCAACAUGGCAGGAUACAACAAUACAUGAGGAUGUAUUUAAAAAUUUUGGUGUGCCAAUGCAGAUUUUAAUAAGAGGAGAAGAGUCAGUGAAGAAUUUCAUUGAAAAUCUGAAGAAAGGGGAGACAACCAUGUACCAUGCCUCUGGGAUGAUCAUUGGGUGUGCAGGUAGUGGGAAGUCAACCCUACUAGAAAGACUGAAGGGCAUAGAUCUGAAAGAAAUCCUGGAAAGUUCAAAGUCUACCAGAGGAAUUGAUGUCCAGGCUGACAUAUUUGAUGUAACUGGAAAAACAAUCAAGGUAAAUUCAUCAAGCCAAAAACAACGCUUUAAAGUUAAAAUUGAUGAAUCAAGCGAACAACAGAGUAAUUCAGAACAGCCUGCAGUUUUAUUUGGUGACAAGAAAAAGUUGAAUGUUGAAGAGAAAGGAUUUCAAACGGAGAUAGGCAGUAGAACAAGUGAUAAAGAAUUGUCCAGUGAUGAAGAAAUGAAACAUGAGAGCUUGAAUUCGGCUGAGUCGCGUAAAGGAAAUGAAGCUGCUGCCUUCCUGAAAAAGGAAGUAGUUGAAGACGGCAGACAAAAUGUUCCUGAGAAAUCAGAAUUAUCAGGAAUUUUACGAGUUUCCAAAGAUGUAUCGGGUGAUCCAGAGAAAAAAAUAACCAUGACUGACUUUGCAGGGCAGUGUUCAUAUUAAGCCUCACACCAGAUAUUUCUUAGUCCUCGUGCUUUCUUCAUUCUGGUGCUGAAUAUGGAGAAGAAGUUUGAUGAUAAGGUUGGAAAAGAAGUCUGUAGCCAGGAAGGUUCCAUUUACGAAGGAUGGACACAUAAAGAUUAUCUCACAUUCUGGACAAAGUCUAUUCAUCAAUACAGCAGUGAGAAGGCACCUGUUUUACUGGUGGGCACUCAUGCUGAACAAAAGACAAAGGAGG